GCAAACUCCAAGACCACUCAUCCCUGAGCCACAAGAGUUAUACGGUAGAGUGUAGUGUAGUAGCGUGUAGAGAAUGGGAAGAGGUGGCAACUGUAGCUGGAUUGGCCCUGAGAUCCCUCUGUCAUCACAAUUCUUCACUGAAGCCUUCAGCGAGCUGUUUGACCAAGAAUCGGUGAAGAAAAGGUGGCGGCAGGACACAGACACAUAGCCAUUAAAGAUGAGCUGUGGCUCUUCCUCAUCCCGGCUGGCCUUGCCAUCAUUUUACUGGGGCUGUUUCUGGAAGAGGUGGGCUUCUUCCUGCGCCACCUUCCCUCAUCCAGACGAAAAUGGCUCUACCUGUGGAUAUUAGGAAUGUACCCGGUAUUUGCCUUGACCUCCCUCAUAGCACUAUAUGUGCCACGGUCUUCCUCACUGUGUAAUUUCAUCGCCUCACUGUAUCACUCCAUCACCUUGCUAAAAUUCAUGGGACUGAUCACAGACUUCUUUGGAGGGAAAGUUCGUAUGCUGGCUAAUCUGUCUGGACAGCAGGUAUCUCCAGAUCCCUUCCCCUGUUGUUGCUGUUGCUGUCUCCCAAUGGUGGCCAUCAACAGCAGCAGCCAAGGCUGGAUGAUGGCAGCUGUGCUGCAGCUCUCUGUUGUCCGUACCAUCUUGUUCUUUGUCACUCUGGUUCUGUGGACGGAUGAACAGUAUGACUAUGGUGAUGUGGAUUCAGUCAACCCUAACCUGUAUGUGAAUGGUAUCAUAUGUGUGUCAACCUUCGUGUCCUUCUACGGCCACCUUCUGUUUUACAAAGCCACUAAGAGCGCUUUACAUGGCUAUGGACUGAGAGCCAAGUUCAUCUGCAUCAUUGUGGUGUUGGUGCUGUGUGGCCUGCAGAGUGGCAUCUUAGAGACCAUGGGUGCUCUUGAAGUUUUCCCCUGCACACCACCCUUCUCUGUCCUGACCAGGUCCCAGUUGAUCUACCACUACUGUGUGAUUGUGGAGAUGUUCUGCAUCGGCCUGUAUGCCCGCCACACUUUCCGUAAGGUGGAGCCAAGCGUGGUGGAGGAUGCGGAGGGGCCUGUCAGUGUCUUGCAGAUAGAAAAGGCUGUUCAAACAGAUGAUGUUAAAAUGACACAUCACAAGCCCGGCCUCCUCGGCCAUCACCUUGUCAGUGCCUCCAAUCCCAGUUACAGCAGUGACAGCGAGGACAGCCUGUGCAGGAUAGAGCAUGCACCUCUGGAUGGUUUCCCCUUCCCUCAGGCCAGAAGCCAGCACCUUGGCCGGACAGGAUCAGUGGAGCCAAGGUCUGCAGAGGAACAUGGUGUAGAUCUGACCCGCAUUACUGUCAGGGCUGAUAUUAACUAUGAGGACUAUAAGGAUGUCACUGUGGUUUGACCAACUAUGGAAGACCUUUAACAACAGAUUAAAUAUGUCUAAUCUUAACCGCUGCAGAUGCCGGUACUGACUUGGUUGUGUGGGAGGCCCUGAGGACUUGUCUGUAGAACUCCACACCCUGCACUAUGAUAACUGGGGCAAAAGUGACAGAAAUACUCACCUAAUACACAAGAAAAUUUGUGAACUGUUCACUGCUGUGACAAGCUGCAGAAUUAGGAAAUAUUCACCAUUUUGUCUUACUACUGUAAAAGUCAUGAGUCCAUUUGCUGCUUCUAGUUCUUUUUAAUUCUAGUUCUUUUUACUG